AUGUCCAACCCAACAGACCUUAAGGCCCUGGCCAAGCUCGAUAUCGACGGGAACAAUCUCCCGCCUUCUCCUGCUCCUUCCACCCCACGGAAUGCUAGGAAAUACGCUCUAGCUACCGAACUCGUCUACACCGAGCAUGGCGACCAAUACAAUGCUUCCUCCAUGCCUAUCUACCAGACAGCUACCUUUAAACAAUCGUCCGGUUCCGGAGGCUCCGAAUAUGACUACACUCGCUCUGGAAAUCCCACCCGAUCCCAUCUCGAGAAACACUUAGCCAAGAUCAUGUCCGCCAACCGUUGUCUUACCGUCUCAUCCGGUAUGGCUGCUAUGGAUGUUAUCUCCAGACUUCUCAGACCCGGCGACGAAGUCAUAGCCGGUGACGACAUCUACGGUGGUACCAACCGUCUUCUCAAAUACUUAAGCACCCAUGGCGACAUCGUUGUCCAUCAUAUCGACCACACCGACCCCGAAAAUGUCAGACCUUAUCUCAAUAGUAAAACAAAACUCGUCCUCCUCGAAUCUCCCACAAACCCUCUCAUCAAAAUUGUCGAUAUCCCAACAAUAGCUCGGAUAACCCAUGAAACCAACCCUGAUGCUCUCGUCGCUGUCGACAAUACCAUGCUUUCUCCCAUGCUCCAAAACCCUCUCGACCUCGGCGCUGACAUUGUCUACGAAUCGGGCACAAAGUACCUUUCGGGCCACCAUGAUCUCAUGGCCGGUGUCAUCGCCGUGAACAAUCUACCCUUGGGAGAAAAACUAUACUUCACAAUCAAUGCCAGCGGCUGUGGUCUCAGUCCCUUUGACUCCUGGUUGCUCAUGAGAGGCGUCAAGACCCUCGGCGUUCGUAUGGAAAAGCAGCAAUCAAAUGCCAUGCGUAUUGCCACAUUUUUGGAAGAUACGGGCUUCAAAGUCAGAUAUCCCGGACUGAGAAGCCAUCCUCAAUAUGAUUUGCACUGGAGCAUGGCUCGGGGCGCUGGUGCCGUUCUAAGCUUUGAGACCGGAGAUUUAGAUGUCAGCGAGAAGAUUGUAGAAGCGACAAGGCUGUGGGCUAUCAGUGUGAGCUUUGGAUGCGUAAAUAGUCUCAUCAGCAUGCCCACACGCAUGUCACAUGCUUCGAUUGAUGCAAAAACACGCAAGGAGCGCAACUUGAGUGAGGAUCUGAUUAGAUUGUGUGUGGGUAUCGAAGAUGCUGAAGACUUGAUCGAUGACCUACAAACGGCUCUCGUCAAGGCUGGCGCCGUCCGAGUGACGCCCGACGGUAUGAGAGCAAUCAACUUUGCAGCAGGCGAAACCCUGGAUGGUUCGGGCUCGAGCCUUUCAUGA